AGGCGAGCGGGCCUGAUGUCCGGGGGGCGCGGGAUGGGCCCCGGGCCCGCGGCCACUCUGGCUGCGCCGCUGCUGGUCGCGUGGGCGGCACCCGCCGCCGCCGCGGCCGAUCUGCAGUGGCGGGGGCUCCUGGCCGAAGGAGCCAGGGCCGCCGGCGGCGCGGCCGUGAGGCCGCAGGAUCUGCUGUGCGGCGCAGGGGUCGCUGCCAUUGUGGCUGCUGCCGUGGCCACGGGGAACACUAUUGCACGGCUUCUUGGCGCUGCUGGCGACCGCCGUUGACGGCAAGAAUGCGGUGGAGCUUGCGGCUCGCGGCCUGCCGCUCGCCGCGGCGGCUGUGGGCCUGGCGGCGCUGGUGUCCGUGCUACUGCAGCUGGCGCGGGGGUUCCACAAGGCGCACCCCGCCUCCCUCCUCCUCCUCCUCCUCCU